CGGUUCAGCGAAAGGAAAUCGAGGAAAACUGUGAUACUUAUACUAGUUUGUCAAGUGAAUUUUAAAAAAGCUACAACAACGAAAAGUGUGGAUUUAAAAAGUGCUGAACAAGUGUCACCAACCAUGGCUCUAAAACUGAAAAUAGCCAUUAUUGGGCAGAGCAACUUUGCCGCUGAUGUUCUGGAGCUGUUGCUGGAGCGUUCGAAUGUCCAGAUUGUGGGCGUGUUCACAAUUCCGGACAAGGGCAGUCGCGAGGACAUCCUGGCCACCACUGCCGCCGCGCACAAGAUACCUGUCUUCAAGUUUUCCGGCUGGCGCCGCAAGGGCGUGGCUCUGCCCGAGGUGCUGGAGCAGUACAAGUCGGUGGGCGCCAACCUGAACGUGCUGCCCUUCUGCUCCCAGUUCAUUCCCAUGGAGGUGAUUGAUGGGGCGCCGCUGGGCAGCAUCUGCUAUCAUCCCUCCAUCCUGCCACGCCAUCGGGGAGCCAGUGCCAUAUCCUGGACCCUCAUCGAGGGUGAUGAGGUGGCCGGUUUCAGUAUCUUCUGGGCGGAUGACGGCCUGGACACUGGACCGCUGCUCCUCACGCGCCAGACGAACCUGGAGCCCACGGACACACUGGACACCAUCUACAAGCGGUUCCUGUACCCCGAGGGCGUCAAGGCCAUGGGCGUGGCCGUGGACAUGGUGGCCAGUGGCACGGCUCCGAAGAUAACCCAAACGGAGGUGGGGGCCACCUAUGACCCGGCCAUGUUCAAGGUGGAAAACCAGAUGAUCAAUCUGCAGCAGUCGGCGGAGAGAAUUUGGAACUUUGUCCGUGGCUUGGACUCAGUUCCCGGAGCAGUGGCCACUGUGAUCGAAGCGGAUGGCACGGAGGAGCAGGUUCGUCUGUUCGGCGCCCAUCUGUACUCCGCUGGACCCGUCUCCAAUGGCCAGCCACUGCGCUUGAAGGGUCUGACCAAGCCAGCUUGGAUCCACAGUGCUGGUCUCCUCAUCGAGGGCACCGAUGGCGCCUUUGUCAACAUUCGCCGGAUCAAGCGGGGCUCCAAGGUGAUCGGUGCCAGUGAUUGGUUCAAGCAGGCGGAUCAGCAGCCCAUCACCGAUUUCACGGAUGAUGAGCUGGCCAAGCGAACUCUGCUUGCCGGAAUCUGGCAGGCCAUACUCAAGGAUGAAAUCGAGGCUUCCACCGACUUUUUUGCAGCAGGCGCUGGCUCCAUGGACGUAGUGCGUCUGGUGGAGGAGGUCAAGGAGGCCUUCGACGUUCCCCUGGAAAACGAGCAGGUCUUCAUGGCGCCCGUAUUCGAGGAGUUCUUCGGCCUGCUGGUGAGGAUUAUCCGCCAGGGAAGUGGCGGUGCCGCUGGCCAGCAGUUGGACUUUGAGGGAUUCACAUUGAGGGCCAACAAACGGGAGAUCCGAGUGCCCACCCAGCUGUUCAUCAAUGGUGAGUUUGUGGAUGCCGAGGGCAAGCGCACACUGGACAUUGUCAAUCCCACCGACGAGGAGGUGCUCUGCCAGGUGGCCUGUGCCACCGCCAACGAUGUGGACAAGGCGGUGCAGGCGGCCCACUCCGCCUUCUACGGAUCGUGGAAGCAGAUCUCAUCCAGACAGCGUGGCCAGCUGAUGCUCAACCUGGCCGAUCUGAUGGAGCGGCACAAGGAGGAGCUGGCCACCAUUGAGUCGGUGGACUCGGGUGCCGUUUACACGCUGGCCCUGAAGACCCACGUGGGCAUGUCCAUCGAUGCGUGGCGCUACUUUGCCGGCUGCUGCGACAAGAUCCAGGGCAGCACCAUACCCGUCAAUCCGGCCAGGCCCAACAAUGUGCUGACCUUCACCCGCAAGGAGCCGAUCGGGGUGUGUGGUCUGAUCACGCCCUGGAACUACCCCCUGAUGAUGCUGUCCUGGAAAAUGGCCGCCUGCAUUGCCGCCGGAAACACCUGUCUGAUCAAGCCGGCGCAGACCUGUCCCCUUACCGCUCUCAAGUUCGCCGAGCUGACUGUCCUGGCCGGAUUUCCACCGGGCGUGAUCAAUGUCCUGCCCGGCAAGGGAUCGGAGGCAGGUCAGGCUGUGGCCGACCAUCAACUGGUGCGCAAGCUGGGCUUCACCGGCUCCACGCCCGUGGGCAAGCACAUCAUGAAGUCCUGCGCCGACUCCAAUCUGAAGAAGUGCUCCUUGGAGCUGGGCGGCAAGAGUCCAUUGAUUGUCUUCGCCGACUGCGAUAUGGACAAGGCGGUCAAACAUGGCAUGUCUUCGGUGUUCUUCAACAAGGGAGAGAACUGCAUCGCCGCUGGACGACUGUUCGUGGAGGAUCGUAUCCAUGACGAGUUCGUGCGACGCGUCCUCAAGGACCUGCGCACCAUGACCAUUGGCGAUCCGCUGAACCGGUCGACGGCCCACGGACCGCAGAACCACAAGGCGCACUUCGACAAGCUGCUGGACUUCUGCCAAAGGGGCGUGGCCGAGGGCGCCCAACUGGUGUACGGCGGAUGCCGGGUGCCGAAUCUCAAGGGCUACUUCUUCACGCCCACGGUAUUCACGAACGUUACGGACGACAUGUACAUUGCGCAGGAGGAGUCCUUCGGACCGAUCAUGAUAAUCUCCAAGUUCAAUGGCAGCGACGUGGACUCCCUAUUCCAGCGGGCCAAUCGAACGGAGUACGGCCUGGCCAGUGGCGUCUUCACCAAGGACAUUGGCAAGGCCCUCAGCUUCGCCGAUCGCAUUGAGGCCGGCACCGUGUUCAUCAACGUUUACAACAAGACGGACGUGGCCGCUCCCUUCGGUGGCUUCAAGCAGAGCGGCUAUGGCAAGGACCUGGGUCAGGAAGCACUCAAUGAGUACCUGAAGACCAAGUGUGUGACUGUGGAGUACUGAAAUGGGAUAAAGUGAGGUACGGAGAGGAGAAGAGCAACUGAAUCGGGGAGGGGCCAAGCCCAAGAAUGAAAAGACUUUAUGUUUUGCCUAGCUCAUAGUUAUAUGUUUGUGAUGAAACCCUUAUCUAAUAAAUACAACUAAAUUGUCA